GUGUGACGUGAUAUUGCAGCCCGCUCCUGGAGCUCUGCAAGCAGCAAGCAAAGCGCCUUUUCGCGUCCUUACUGGCCCCCAAACAUCUCCCAUCCACCCACUCCACACGGAUCUUUUCUCUCCUCUUUAUUUUCUCAACGUGACGAGAGGAUGCCGUUUGACGACUUGCGUGGAAAUGGAAUAGAGAUGGCGAAUAAACCCGUCGUGUAAUUGUAAAAAACAAAAUGCUCCCAAAUAGAUUUUCUCUUAGUCUCUGAAUUUCUUUGACUGUCGCUCGGUUCUGUUUGAGUUUGGACGGAAAGCCCAUGCAGAUGAUGAGGAGGACGACCGUGGAUACGAACGGGGAAAGCGGAGUGUAACGCAUUUGAUUUGAUUAGAAUUUUUUUUAACCCUCUGAAGCAUCUUGUUGCGCCGGACUUGUGUGCGUGUGCGUGUGUGCGCGUGUUGGAAUAUGGAUUCACUCGAGGGCUGCAGACUUGAUUUAUAAAGGAUGUUGUCAAGUAUGUUGGGAAAAUAGCCAUAGCUUUCACGGUGUAAGGCCAAAUGACAUAGGAUGAAGGCUGUUCGAAACCUGUUGAUUUAUAUAUUUUCCACCUAUCUUCUGGUUAUGUUUGGAUUAACUGGUGCCCAAGAUUAUUGGUGUUCCACUUUGGUCAAGGGGGUCAUCUAUGGAUCCUACUCUGUGACUGAAAUGUUCCCUAAGAACUAUACAAACUGUACGUGGACGCUGGAGAACCCAGACCCGACCAAAUACAGUAUCUACCUGAAACUAUACAAACAAGACCUGAGCUGCUCUGAGUAUUCUCUGCUUGCCUAUCAGUUUGAUCACUACUCUCACGAAAAGAUUAAUGCCUUGCUCAAGGUGAAUGAGUCAAUAGUGUACCUGUGUGAUUCCAAGAAUAUUUAUGUGUUUUUGCUCUACGACAAGAAUUUUGUUCAGCUACGGAGGGUUUUCCCCUCUGAUUCAAACGGAUUGACGUCACAGAAGCUAGAAGAGGAGGAGAAGUCCAUUGUGGAGUUCCUGGUGUUGAAUAAAGCCAGCCCCAGCCAGUUUGGGUGUCAAGUCCUUUGUACAUGGCUGGAAAACUGCCUGAAAUUAGAGAAGGGCACAGUGGAGACGUGCGGCAUCGUCGACACAAAAUGCACAUGUCCCCAACAUUUAGGAGAUGGAGAAUCUGAGAGCAUGCUCAUGCUCAACAACGUGGUUUUACCGCUCAACGCCCAAACAGAGGGCUGCUUGUCGCCCCAACUACAUGCAGGACAGGUGUGCAAUCUGAGUGCUGAAGUGAAGCGCCCACCUAAAGAAGAAUAUGGAAUGAUCGGAGAGCAUACAGUAAAAAGUCAGCGGCCAAGAUCAGUUCAUGACACAAAGGCCCUGCAGGAGCAAGCUGAAUCUGCUAAAUUUAUGGCACAAACUGGUGAAUCAGGUGCAGAGGAGUGGUCCCAGUGGAGCUCUUGCUCUGUAACAUGCGGUCAAGGGUCGCAGGUGCGAACAAGAACAUGUGUCUCACCAUACGGAACACACUGCAGCGGCCCUUUAAGAGAAUCAAGGGUUUGCAAUAACACUGCCCCUUGUCCAGUGCACGGUGUAUGGGAGGAGUGGUCGCCGUGGAGUCUGUGCUCGUUCACGUGUGGCCGGGGUCACCGCACUCGGACUAGGAUGUGUGCCCCUCCACAGCACGGAGGCCGAGCCUGCGACGGACCUGAGACACAGACUAAACUUUGCAACAUAGCUCUUUGCCCAGUGGAUGGACAGUGGCAAGAGUGGAGCUCUUGGAGCGACUGCUCAGUGACAUGUGCCAACGGCACUCAACAGAGGACCAGGCAGUGCUCAGCAGCCGCACAUGGGGGAUCGGAGUGUCGCGGUCACUGGGCAGAAAGCAGAGAGUGUCAUAAUCCUGACUGCACAGCCAACGGCCAGUGGAAUCCAUGGGGUCCGUGGAGCGGCUGCUCCAAGUCCUGCGACGGCGGGUGGCAGAGGAGAACUCGAGUGUGUCAGGGAGCAAUGACGACCGGGCAUCAGUGUGACGGCAACAGAGAAGAAGUCCGGAAAUGCAGUGACCAACGCUGCCCAGCACCAUAUGAGAUUUGUCCUGAAGACUAUGCAGUGUCGAUGAUGUGGAGACGAACGCCUUCAGGGGAACUGGCCUUUAAUAGAUGUCCACCCAACGCUACAGGCACGACCAGUCGACGCUGCUCUUUGGAUCACCGUGGUAUGGCCUUCUGGGAGCCGCCGAGCUAUGCGCGAUGCAUAACAAAUGAAUUCAGAUACUUGCAGCAAUCAGUUCAGGGCCACCUCGCAAAGGGACAGAGGAUGCUGGCAGGUGAUGGGAUGUCCCAAGUGACCAAAAACCUGCUGGACCUUACCCAGAGAAAAAACUUCUACGCUGGGGACCUGCUGUCUUCUGUGGAGAUCCUCCGCAAUGUGACCGAAACCUUCAAGAGGGCCAGCUAUGAGCCGUCUUCAGAUGAUGUGCAGAAUUUCUUUCAAAUCAUCAGCAAUCUCUUGGAGGAGGAAAACAAGGAGAAAUGGGAAGAUGCACAGAAGAUCUAUCCCGGGGCGGUGGAGCUCAUGCAGGUCAUAGAGGAAUUCAUCCAUAUCGUCGGACUGGGAAUGAAGGAUUUCCACAAUGCUUAUUUGAUGACUGGGAACUUGGUGGCCAGCAUCCAGAGACUUCCAGCCGUGUCAGUGAUGACCGACAUCAAUUUCCCCAUGAAGGGUCGUAAAGGCAUGGUGGACUGGGCUAGGAAUUCUGAAGACAAGGUGGUCAUCCCAAAAGCCCUCUUUGUCUCCCAAAGUGCAGACAUGGAGGGAUCGCCUGUCUUCAUUUUGGGAACAGUUCUUUACAAGACGCUUGGACUCAUGCUACCAUCACCAAAGAACCACACAGUUGUGAACUCCAAGGUCAUCGCUGUAACUGUCAGGCCGGAGCCCAAGGCCAUCCAGUCCCACCUGGAGAUUGAACUGGCUCACCUUGCCAAUGGAACACUCAACCCUCACUGUGCAGUGUGGGACAACAAUGUAAUGAACGAUUCUUGGGGAGCCUGGUCCACAAAGGCGUGUAGAACUGUGCUGACAGAUGCCUCGCAUACAAAAUGCUUAUGUGAUCGUGUGUCUACCUUCGCCAUUUUGGCUCAGCAACCCAGAGAAAUGACCAUGGAAUACUCAGGGGUCCCCUCUGUGACGCUGAUUGUCGGCUGUGGUCUGUCGUGCCUCGCCUUGAUAACGUUGGCAGUGAUCUAUGCCGUGCUAUGGAGAUACAUCCGCUCUGAACGUUCCAUCAUCCUGCUGAACUUCUGCUUAUCGAUCAUCUGCUCCAAUAUAUUGAUCCUUGUGGGACAAACGCAGACACACAAUGUGGGUGUGUGCAUUAUGACAACAGCCCUUCUGCACUUUUUCUUCUUGGCAUCAUUCUGCUGGGUUCUCACGGAGGCUUGGCAGUCUUACAUGGCAGUGACAGGAAAGGUUCGCACCAGGCUCAUCCGCAAGCGCUUUCUCUGCCUAGGCUGGGGAUUACCGGCUUUAGUGGUUGCUGUAUCAAUGGGAUUUACCAAAACAAAGGGCUAUGGGACACCCUUAUACUGUUGGCUGUCGUUGGAAGGAGGGCUCCUGUAUGCCUUUGUUGGACCGGCAGCUGCUGUUGUCCUGGUCAACAUGGUGAUUGGUAUUCUGGUCUUUAAUAAGCUAGUGUCCAGAGAUGGCAUACUGGACAAGAAGAUGAAGCACCGAGCAGGGUAUGACAGCACGUCCUUACAGAUGAGUGAACCGCACACGGGAUUGACUCUCAAGUGCGCCAAAUGUGGUGUAGUAUCAACGACUGCUUUGUCAGCGACUACAGCCAGCAAUGCAAUGGCGUCCCUAUGGAGCUCCUGUGUUGUCCUACCUCUGCUGGCCUUGACCUGGAUGUCCGCAGUGCUUGCCAUGACAGACAAGCGCUCCAUCCUCUUUCAAAUCCUCUUUGCAGUUUUUGACUCACUGCAGGGUUUUGUGAUCGUGAUGGUUCACUGUAUCUUACGGAGAGAGGUCCAAGAUGCAUUCAGAUGCCGACUCAGAAACUGUCAAGAUCCAAUCGGUGGUGAUGCAACAGGGGGCUUUCCUAAUGGCCAUGCUCAGAUAAUGACGGAUUUCGAGAAAGAUGUUGACAUCGCCUGCCGAUCAGCCCUCCACAAGGACAUGGGCUCGUGUCGCGCUGCUACUGUCACAGGCACGCUAUCUCGCAUUUCCCUCAAUGACGAGGAAGACGAGAAGGCUCCUGAAGGCCUCAACUACUCGACAUUGCCUGGCAACAUCAUCUCCAAAGUGAUCAUCCAGCAGCCGUCAGCACUACACAUGCCGAUGGGAGUGGGCGAGCUAAAGGAGCAGGUGCUCGGCGACAACAACACCGACCUGCGCCGCACCGUUUACCUGUGCACUGACGACGCCGUGCGCCAGAGUGACCAGAACAUGGGCGUCCACGACAUGGAGGGCCACGCGACACAGGGUCAGAUGAUGGAGACGGACUACAUCGUCAUGCCCCGCGCCUCGGCGACUGCGCUUUCGGGGUCGGCCACCCUGCCCGCACACCUAAAGGAGGACACCAAGAUGAAUAUCACCAUGGAUACGCUGCCGCACGAGAGGCUGAUGCAUUACAAGAUGAGCCCUGACUUCAACAUUAGCCCGUCGGGCAUGGACCACAUGAAUGUGAACCUAGAGCAGCAGUACCCCAGCGCCCCAGAGCAGAUUCAGAACCUGCCCUUUGAACCCCGAACGGCCGUCAAGAACUUCCUUGCUGAGAUGGAAGAAAGCGCUGGCCUAUCGAGGAGUGAAACUGGCUCUACAAUCUCUAUGAGCUCCCUAGAGAGAAGAAAAUCACGAUAUUCCGAUCUUGACUUUGAGAAAGUCAUGCACACGAGGAAAAGACACAUGGAGCUGUUCCAGGAACUGAAUCAGAAAUUUCAAACCCUGGACCGAUUUCGAGACAUACCAAAUAUGGGGAGCAUGGACAAGGCAAUGCCAAACAAGAACCCGUGGGAGAGCUACAACCCAGCGUGCGAGUAUCAGAAUUAUGCCACUAUGAAUGUACUAGACUCUAGCGCCAAGGACUCGCUGGAGAUGACGCCCGCCGAGUGGGAAAAGUGCGUCAACCUCCCCUUGGAUGUCCAGGAGGGGGAUUUCCAAACCGAGGUCUAAAGGCCAAGAAGAAAAUGCAAACUUGGGAAAGGAGGAGAAGAUGAAGAAAAAGAAGCGAUGUAUUUUGCACUGAAUAUAGAAACAGACUUUUCUAACAGCCUUGGCAUUCAUGUCGGAAUAAUCGGAGCAUGGCAGGGACUUUAUGUGCCAAUACAAGACUGAUGAGAGAGAAAGAGGGGGAGAGGAACAAUGGGGAGGCGGGGUGGAUAAAGAAAACCAUCAGUGUUACUUUUUUUGUAUUUUCACUAGUGUACUUAGUGCGGGGCAGCCUGGUGUACAAUAUUUACCAUCUUGUGUUUGAAAUUAUCUUUUCAAGGAAUUGGUGAGAAAGAGUUUAAAAAAAAAAAGACAAUGUCAAUGAAACCUCACAGAGCAAACCAUAUGCCAUGUGGUCCCAGCUUCAUUGGGUCUGGUUGCUGCUAGGCCCAGGAGCACAAUGUAUAUAAUUAUGCAGGUUUUUAAAAUGUUUAUAACAGUCUGUUUGGCCAUUGCGACACUUUUUACUUUCUAGUAUGAAUUAUGGGAGGCAAAGAGGAUCUUUUGUGUCAUAUUAAAAUGAAUGUUUGUCCCGCUGCAUUCUUCAUUGCUUUCAAUGCAAUAAAGAUACUACUCACUUUUAUAUAAAUAAUAUAUUUCACAACUUUAAUACUGCGGAACCCGCUUGAAGGAUCCCUGGCAAGCUCUCCCAUCUGCAGCCCUGUAUAAAAUAUUUAAAAAAAACAAACAAAAAAAAAAAAACUGUUGUAUGGUGUAAAUAAACUUUUGUCUACAUAUGUUUUAAUUGUGCCAAUUUAUUUUACUGAGUACAAAAACUAAACAAUGCCAACCUGAUCAAAAGUUAUAGUGAAAAUGUUGACAUUUGAAAAGGAAUGU